UCAAAACGUAAAAUGGCGGACGAUCAGCGAAGAGUAACCCAAUUUAGACCGUGUAUCGAUCUACACGAUGGAAAAGUUAAACAGAUUGUCGGUGGCACUUUGACAGACAACGAGGAGCAUCUCCAAACGAAUUUUAUCGCCAGUCACAAGCCAAGUUACUUUGCAUCACUGUACCAUAAAGACAACCUAACUGGAGGUCAUGUGAUCAAACUGGGUCCUGGUAAUGAUACUGCUGCAGAGGAAGCAUUAGCAGCCUGGCCUGGUGGUCUUCAGGUUGGAGGAGGUAUUACCAUUGACAUUGCACAGUCAUGGCUAGAUAAAGGAGCUGCCAAGGUCAUUGUCACAUCCUGGUUGUUUCCUUCUGGUGAAUUCUCUAUGGAAAGACUCCAACAGUUAAGCGGUUUAAUUGGCAAAGAACACCUUGUUGUUGAUCUCAGUUGCCGCCGCCAAAGGAAUUCUUGGUUUGUUGCCAUUAACAAGUGGCAAACAGUUACUAGUUUAGAAAUAUCAAAAGAAAUAUUACAUGAAUUGUCUCAGUUUGCAUCAGAAUUCCUCAUACAUGCUGCUGAUGUAGAGGGCCUUUGCAAAGGAAUAGAUGAAGAUCUCGUUCAAGCUCUUGGUCAGUGGUGUCCAAUACCUUGCACUUAUGCCGGAGGUGGAAAAGACAUCAGUGAUUUGGAAUUGGUGAACAAACUGUCAGAUGGAAAGGUGGACUUGACUUUUGGAAGUGCUCUGGAUUUGUUUGGUGGAAAAGGAGUCAGAUAUGCAGACUGUGUGGAAUGGAAUAGGAUGCACUCAAGAUAAUAUGCAGAUAUCAGUGAUAUGGACACAAGAAAAAGGCUCCUGAAUAAAUUUUUUCACUAGCUUUUCAAUAGCACCAAGAGAUAUCAGCCGUUGUGGUUUGAUCUGAGGCUGUAGCAAGAUCUCUCUUUUAAAUGUGCCUCCUAUUUAAUAAAUAUAUCUUAUUAACCAAGUGCGAGGGCCAUACUGGGAGAAUAUCGGCCUGAGAUCUUGACAGUACAGACCAAGCGCCGAUAUCCUUCCAGUACGGUCAAGAGCAAGCUUGGUUAAUAAGAGAUUUAUUAUAUGACUGAAGUUCAAAGGGACACAAGUGCGGUAUCAUUCGGGA